CGCGCCUGCGCAGACGGCCCCAGCGGUGCUGAGGCGGCGUCGGUUCCUCGUGAGGCGGCCGGCGGCGGUGCUGCUGUUGCUGCGACUCGGGCGACGCGAGGCCUCGGCGGGCGGCCGGAGAAGGGGAGGCCGGGAGCAGAGAAGAGCUUUAUGGUGUUCUUGGAAAAUGUUGCACCUCUUGUGAAUUCUCUGAACCUUGCCAUUGUCAGCCCCUUUCUGUUGGGCCUGCCUCCUUUACUGUUGGCUCAGAUUAAGACCCAGUUGGCUCUUCAUCAGUCGAACUCACUUGCUUCCAACUAUUCUGUAGCCUCUUCUCCUUUGUUAAAUGAGGCCUUCCUGAAACUAGCCAUGUUUAACCCUAGAGGAAACAUGCCGCCAAGGCCGAGGGGACCUAUGAUGCCUGAUCCAAUCCCGCGUGGGCCUUUUCACAGGCCGGGACCUGGACCAGGUGGUCUUCAGAGGCAGCUCCCACCUAAUUCUGAUGGAAUGCAGAACCAAAGGUUCAUGGGAUCAGAAAUGAGGGCAGGAUUUCCAAGGCCAAACGUUCAGGGGCCUCCACACAGAAUGGAUGCAAGACAAGCGGGAGAGAGAAUGACUAUGGAGCAGCAGCACCACCAACCGCACCACCAGCAGCAGCACCACCAACUGCACCAACAGCAGCAGCACCACCAACCACAACAGCACCACCAACAGCAGCAGCAGCACCACCAACCACAACAACAGCACCAACAGCAGCAGCAGCAGCAAAAGAUGGAAGGAUGCGGUUCUCGUUGGGACAAUCCGUUUCCCAUUGGAAAUAAUAGCCAGAGUCAGCCCAUCCCGGGAAGGAUGACAGACUAUCCCCCAACUGUUCAAAGCCGCUAUACCAACGAGAGCGCCUCAAGUAUCUUGGCAAGCUUUGGAUUGUCCAACGAAGACCUGGAAGAGCUUAGUCGUUAUCCAGACGAUCAGCUGACCCCCGAAAACAUGCCUGUGAUUUUAAGGGACAUCCGCAUGAGGAAAAUGGGUAAUCAGGGGCCAAGCUUGUCUCAUCAGAACAGCGAGGAGAACUUCCGUAGUGAGGAUGGCCGCAGCUCCAUGGUCAAGGGCAAAGUCAUCGACUACGGGCACGAGAGCAAGUACAGAUACGAUGAAGGUCCCCUGGAGGUGAAGGUCUAUGGGGCUGAGAGCACCCCUAAAGACACCCUGAAAGGGUUCCAGACCCAGCAGACUCCGCCAGCCGGCAUAACCAGCAAACAGAUGAAUGCCGUUGAAGAAUUAAUCCGCCAGAUGGGAUUCCAAAGAAGCACACCGAACUCCCCGUCUUUUUUCCCCAUGGACUCGCCUAACAAGAUGUCUGGGUUGUGCACCCCUUCCACAGGAACUGGGGUAGCGCCGGCAGCCCAGACCAUCAUGCCGACUGUGGCACCACCGCCUCUACCUCGGCCUGCAGUCCCACCUGUCCGGCAAGCUUUGCCUCCCCCGCCGGUAGCUCGGCCCAUGAUGUCACCUAUGAACCAGGCGCCGCCAACUUCUCACCCUCCUCCUUUUGCACCUGAAAUGGUUGGCGGUGUCAACCGCCGUGGGAGGGUUCAUGAGGAAUCCAGACCGAGCCCUAGUGCUCCCCCCGAACCUAACCCCCCUGCUCAGAAACCUUUCCGGAAAGAGAUGGAAGGGCCUAUAAAGUCUCCAUUUGGGGUCGUGAAGGCCUCUUGGCUCCCAGUUUUUCCCAAGAUGGAUGCCCAGAAAAUGAAGAGGCUGCCAACUCCGUCAAUGAUGAAUGAUUAUUAUGCUGCGUCUCCGAGAAUAUUUCCACAUAUGUGUUCUCUAUGUAAUGUAGAAUGUAGACAUUUGAAGGAUUGGCUUCAGCAUCAGAAUUCUUCCACACACCUUGAAAGCUGCCGCCAGCUACGCCAACAAUAUCCUGACUGGAAUCCAGAAUCCCAUUCAUCAGCAAAAAGGCGAGAGGGCGACAGAAAUGAGGACAGCACACCCAGGCGGCGUUCUGCCAGUAUUAGUCCCAGGCGUUCGAGACGCUCCAGUUCUGGGCAUGCCAGACGUCGGACUCGGUCCCGAUCCAGGAGUCCCAGGCACAGGUCAAUCAGGCAAAGGAGUCGAAGUCCACGGCCGCAGCCGAAUUUCAGACACAGGUCAAGGUCUCCGUGGCGACCUUAUAACCCGAUUUCGACGUUCCGAAGGUCUUCCAGCAGAGAGAGGGCGUCCAGACGAUAUAUUCGAUCUCCAGAUAAGGCCUUGGAAGCAGUGAUGAAAUGUUUGGGACCUCGCAUUGUUGAACACAUUCACAAACAAGCCUUCGGCCAGGGCUUUUCAGGAGGCAGAAGAGCAUCGCCCGAUGGUGAGGAUGGGAAGUCCGGAAAUCCUAAAGUUUUCCCGAAACCGUCCAAGAGAGAAGGACAUUCCCGACACAGCUCCUCCGAUAGUAAAAGUAAGGUUGCUGAGGCUCCUGAGGGCCCCAGCAAAGAAGAGACUACAGCCGAGGGGAAAUCUAAGAAAUUGCCUUUGGGAGCACCACCAGUGAGUGAAGUGGAUAUUCUGGCCAGUAAGUUUUGGAGUAAACCCAGGAGUAUGGGGACUAUUCUUCAAAUAUCUGACUUGCCAGAAGAUGUUUUUACAGAUCAAGACAUUAAGAAAAUAGUUCAGCCUUUUGGAAAAGUUAGUGACAUAUUAGUUGACCGUUGUAAGAAAGAGGCUUAUCUUGAAAUGAACUACAAGGAAGCAGUAAUAGCGGCUGUCAAAUACAACGAAACCUGUCCUGUCCUCAUUAAUGGCCGGCGGGUGAAGAUAAGCGUGGCAGAAAAACCCAAGGCGCCUUCUAUCCAGAGCAAAGGAAAUGAGAAGAAAGUUCUUCAGAAUACCAAGGAUUCUGCCCCGAAUAAUAAGAAAGAGCAAAUGGCAUCUCAGGUGAAAAAAGGGACUUCGCUGUCUUCUGCCCCUAAAACGGAUGCCAAGAAACCCGGGAAAGUUGUCAAAAGCGGGGAGACCAAGGCAGCCCCCAAAGCCAAGAAAAUUGCAGACGGCAAGAAGCCCAGCACCGUAAAAGAGAACAAUGCGGCCGAACCGGCAUCCUUGGAAGAGGGGAAAAAUCCUCCCAAGACGAAAAAACCUGCCGAGUCCCUCAAAACCCUCGACUCCAAGGCCAAGGAGCCCCCCAAGACCAAGGAGCCUCUGAAGGCCAAGGAGCCCCCCAAGGCCAAGGAGCCCCCCAAGGCCAAGAAGGCCGUUGAGCCCAAGGACAAAGAAGGCCCGAAGGCCAAGAAGGGGGGGGAAGGCAAAGCAAAGGAACCCCUGAAGGCCAAGAAGGCCACCGAGGCCAAGGCCAAGGAGCCCCUGAAGGCCAAGAAGGCCGUAGAAAACAAGAAGCCCGGGGAAGCCAAGGCCAAGAAGGCUGCAGAGCCCAAGAAAGCGGGGCAGUCGGACGCCAAAGAACCCCUCAAGGCCAAGAAAGCAGCCGAGCCCAAGGAGCCUCCCAAGGAGCAGAAGGCGGCGGGGGAGCCCAGCCAGGCCGGGGAAUCUCAGGGCAAGGAAGCCAGCAAAGCAGCUGAUGCUCCAGAUAAGUCAGAAGCUGUUGAGAGUCCUGAAGCAGUUGAAUCUUCCGGCAAGGAUCCAGAAGAGAUGUGUGUCGUGAUGAUUUCCAGUUUCCCCGAGACUGGGCUCAGUCUGGAGGAGAUUCGAAACUUAACCAAGCCCUUUGGGAAAGUUAAAGAUAUUUUAAUUGUGUCUUCGCAUAAGAAGGCAUACGUAGAAAUAAGUCGCAAAUCUGCAGAUUCCAUGGUGAAAUUUUAUACCUGCUUCCCAAUGUGGGUGGAAAGGAACCAGCUCUGCAUUUCUCUGGUCCCUGAGCUGAAGGAUCUAAAUGAGGAAAUCAUAUUUACUGCGAUGAUUAAAGAUGCAAAUCCAAACGUGAACACGGAGACUCUGUACACCCAGUUUGUGCAUCUGGGGAACCUGCCGGAUGUGGGCUACUCCGAGCUUGAAAUCCUUUGCGUCGGCCUUCGCUUUGGACGAGUGGAUCAUUACAUGGUGAUAACCAACAAGAACAAGGCCAUUUUCCAGCUGAACAGUGCCGAGUCUGCAGCGUCCAUGUGCCGCUUCUUAAAAAAGUAUCCUUACAGUUUGGGAGAAGUGGAGUUGACCGUUGCGCGUUCGCCCAGAGUAGAACCUACAGCUGCUGAUGCUGUAAAAAAAGAAGUGAAAAAGCAAGAAGCAGGCCAAGAGAGCCCUGACUUGAAAACAAUUCCCGAAGGAUCAGGAGUGGUGCCCCCAUCUGCUGUUCCUCCCACGGAGGCCAAGGAAGACCGCGGGUCUGAUCCGGAGGCUAUCCCAGACACAGAGACUAAGCGCUUGGGUAGCGAGAAGGUGGUAGGGGAAGCGGCUUCCCAGCCCCUGAAGACGGAAGACUUGAAAGAAGACCCGGAAGCGUUAAAAAAAGACUUUGGGCUUGGAGCUCCAAGCACAGGCCAGGAUUUUGAGUCUCCAGACCUGAAACCCGAAGAAGCCGGCACUUUGUCCUCCUCUGCUCUGGUAAAGGAAGAAAAAAAGACUGAUCAUUCUGACCCGGAAUUGCCGAGAAAGGCCCCUCUGCCUGACGGAGAGAAGGCAAAGGAGGAAUUAGGGAAAGCAGAAGAAUUUCGCGGUGACGCAAACGAAGGAACCCCCGGAGCCCUCUCGGCCUCAGCCACGGAGGAAGAGACCAAGGCAGACCUCGGGCCGGGCUCCACCCAAGCUGCCCUGCAGGAAACGCCAAGCGCUGAUCCUCUGUCCAGUAACAGGCUGGCUUCUCCAGAAGCAGAUGCUACCGAACCCACCACCAGCUUAGCAGAGACACCUGCUCCCAAGGUGAAGGUGAAGGUGGAGGAAGAGCUGGAGGGCGCCUCUAGCGCCUCCCAAGCGAGUGCGGCGGUAGCCGAGCCAGUGGCGGCGGAAAUGAAGGAGAAAGUAAAGGGAAGGGCUCAGCUGCUGCAGAGGGUUGAAGUGACCCUGGAGAAACUCCCGAAAGACUGGGCCUCAAGCGCUGAAGAAGUCAAACUGCAAGAGACCCCAGAGGAGAAGGCCAAGGUACAGAAGCCCGAGGAAAUUGUGACAAAGACACCGCAAGGUAAAGGACCGGGACCAGCGGAAGCCGAGGAAUCCUGCACAGCGAGCGCGCAGGAGGCAGAGACUGUAGCCGACACAGAGGCCGCUCCUGCCCCCAAGGCUUUGAACACACCCAAGACCAGACUUUCGGGUCGAAGGAAAGAGAAAAAGCCGCCCAGCAAGCCAGCUGCCAAGAGCCAAGGGGCGGCUGAGAAGACGCCGUCGCCAAAACCAGUGAGUCAGCAAAGGCCGGCAAACGUCCGGUCCAGCAUCCCAGAUAGCGCCAAGUCUAAACUAAGCAUGAGUUCGGUGGUGGUGGUUGCGUUAGGUGGUGGGAAGAGCUCCUCGCAGCAAGACAAGGACCCCCCGGCGGAGACCAAGGGGAGUCCCAAGCAGAGCCGAGAGCAAGACAGUAGAUCCUCCAACCUCAAGCGGGAUACCGGCGGCAAUAAGGUGUCCGCUGAGAGAAAUACCAGAAGCUCUAAAAACAAUCCUAAACCCAAAGAGGAAGAGGAGCUUUUUCCAUUUAAUUUGGACGAGUUUGUGACCAUGGAUGAAGUUGUCGAUGAAGCUGAGCCCCCUCAGCCUAGGAAGAACCCCGUAAGGGGCAAAAGGAAGGACCCCCCAAAGAAGAACCUUCCCUGCGAACCAGGCUCCAAGAGGAAGAAAGGCAAGGGGUUGGUCGCGGCCGAGAGCGAGGUCUCCUUCGUGACCUUGGAUGAAAUCGGAGAAGACGAAGGCGGGAUGGGCCAGGCGGACCUUCUGAGCUUGGAAGCCAUGACCGACGACGCCCAGGGACUGGUCACGGUUGACGAAGUGAACGAAGAGGAGGAGCUGAUCGAUGAAGAUAUUAAAGAUCCCCAGUCGCUGGUCACUUUGGACGAGAUCUCCGAGCAAGAGGAUGUCACUCUCCCGGAGGGAGCCAAGGGAGCUUUCGCUUCAGGGGAGAGCGAGCCGGACCUCAAGACAGAGCCUUUAGUGACAGUGGAUGAGAUCGGAGAGGUGGAAGAGCUUCCCUUGAACCAGCUUUCCCACUUGAAGGAUGAGGAGGUGCUCAAAUGCUGCAAGGAAGACGAGAAAGGAGGGGUUGAAGACGCCGGAGAUUUUCUCUCUUCCCAGAUCCCGGACGAUCCCAGCAUUUUAGUCACGGUGGACGAGAUUCACGAAGACAGCGACGACCAGCCCUUGAUGACUAUAGACGAAGUGACUGAAGAUGAUGAAGAUUUCUUGGAAGACUUCAACCGCCUGAAAGAAGAGUUUAGCUUUGUUACCGUCGACGAGGUGGGCAGCGAAGAGGAGGAGGAAGAAAAACCCGGCACGUCUGCCAGCAGAAAUUUGGAAGGAGCGACCAAAACGGCACCGGAGAAAAGAGCCGACGAGAACAUCCAGUCUUCUGCGGAAUCAGAAAACUUUAAAAUUCCAGUCAACCCCCCGUUAGAACGGAUGAAAAGUGUUCAGGGUAAACCUCUGGAGGGUGAAGCAUCUGCAGCCCAGCCGGGGGGUCCUGAAAAUGAGAAGCCCCUGGAAGAGGAGGUAGAGCUGCCCAGGGAAAAGAUUGAGCUAGAGUGUAAAGAAAAGGAGGAAGGAAAAGACGUGGAGCAAACGGAGACACUCACCGAAUCUGACGCCGGUUGCAAGCAGCUGCGGACAGAUAGGAAGCGGGUCGGCCUCGAGGUGGAGAGGCCCUCCAAGAAGCAGCGAAAACUCGUUGAGGAGCAGACCGGAAGUCUAAAGGUGCCCCUUCUCUCUGCAGAGCCGGUAGAGAACCAGAAGGAGCAGCCUUGCAGCAAGGGAAGCGACUCCCAAGAGGAGCAGCAACCGCUCGGCGACGGGGCGAGGCCUGCAGAGGACGCUGCGCCUGAAGCAACCGAAACGGAGGUGGAAGGAAGCCCAGCGGCCACUUCAGAGGAGGAGAGGAAGGGAGACGCUGUAGCGAUACCACCCCCGAGCCCAGGGAUUUCCACAGAGGGCAUGGCAGCUGGAGAACCACAGGCGGCACCCAAAGCAGCUGCCCAGAAUCCUGAGCUGAGCUCUGAUGUGGCCUUGGGAAAGGGCAGUGAGGCCGAUCCUUUGCAGCCCUGCGAAAAGCCUUGCAGAGAUCGGAUGGAAUCCAAAAGUGAAGAACCAGAAAGUAAACAGAGAAAAACAGAUUCCUCGGAGAAACCGAAGGCUCCAAGCCAGCUGAAAGAUUUAGACUUCCUUGUCCCCAAAGCCGGCUUCUUUUGUCAGAUCUGCUCCUGCUUCUGUGUGGAUGAAGCCUCCAUGAAGAGCCACUGCCAGACUCCCCUCCACCAGCAGAACAUGGAGAAAUUCAUGGUCAAGAGCCCAGCGGAGGAGAAAGAAAAAGAAGAUACGGAAAAAGAGAGUUUAACGUGAUGGGAAGACGGGAAGUGCCUCCGCAGAAUUUCAUUUAGGGUCCAGUUGCUUUUUUUUGUGUUCCGUUCCUGGUUUUGUUUCGUUUUUACUUGGUUCCUUUUGAAGAUUUUCAUGCCGUAUUCACUUCGCUUCCUUCGAGAAGCAGGCUAUUAAAAUUGUGUAGUGAUUUUUAUUUCCUUCCACAAUAACGCUGGAAGCGCUCAAAUAAAUUCUUACCGUAGAGCCAA